GCCCCGCGUCGUCAACAUCGUCGGGGUUGCUCAAUAAAAUAAUACACAACCACUGGUUUCAAUAUUAUUUCAACCCCUAAAUUCUCCUUCAAUUGUUGUCUAUUUAUUUUCAUUAAAAAAAUCCGAGUUCCGUGGGCUUUUUAAACCUCUCCCUUGUCCCUUCGCUGCUCUAAGCAAUACGAAUCCAACUGGAUCAAAACAAACGGAUUAAAACGGACGCUUAAGGAUUCGUCACUGGAAAUAAAAAAAUUGUUGUUGUGUCUCUUGAAGUGGAAAAUCAUGUGGCGGUGAACAAUGAGGAUUCGAUGGAUUAUGAUGGCCCGGGGAUGACAGCUGGAAGCCGAAAUCGAUGAAUAAUUGAUCGAUCCAACGAGGAUGAUUUCACCCAACGAUGAUUUUAUCGAGCGCAAGCUUGACGCAUUGCGAUAACGAACAACGUAUCGAACGAGGUUCGAUUUUAAAAAUCUGUACAUAGAUAUUCACCGCGGAAUUUGUGAGGUUAAAAUGAAGAAAUGAGAGGGAAACUGGCACUUUCAUUUCAAGUUCAAAUGAAGUGAUAUUUGCCACUGAGGAUUCAAGCACUCGGACGAUAAGACGAAAGAGGGAUCGACGCUUUGCGUCGUUGCAACAACCCAAAAUAGGGGGCUCCAGCGUAAUGCAGAGAGCGGGUCCGAUCGGAGGGCCCGGACACAUUGGCCUUCAAGGCCCACCCAGGAGUGUCAAAAUAUCACCGAUUAAGGUGCAGGAUGAACCUGUUGACCCAAUUUCACAGAAAGUCAAAAGCUCGUUGUGUGUUGGCUGCGGUGGCUGGAUCCACGAUCAAUGGAUUUUACGGGUUGCACCAGAUCUUGAGUGGCAUGCAGCGUGCCUCAAGUGCGCUGAGUGCCAACAAUUUUUGGACGAACGAUGUACGUGCUUCGUUAGAGACGGAAAAACCUACUGUAAACGUGAUUAUACGAGAUUAUUCGGAACCAAAUGCGACAAGUGCAGUCAGUCGUUCAACAAGAACGACCUUGUGAUGCGUGCGAAAACGAAAAUAUAUCAUAAAGAGUGCUUCCGGUGUUCGGCGUGCAUGAGAAAAUUAGAAACUGGGGAUCAAUUUGCUCUGCGGCAUGACGGUCUCUUUUGUCGGCACGAUCAUGACAUAUUGGAGAGCGGAAAAUUCUGUACAGGAGCUGUUGACAGCGCUGGCAACGAGAAUAACAAUAAUGCAACCCUUACGAACAAUAAUCAUCAUUUAGGAGCUAACGAUGCAUCGCUCUCCGAUUCUGGAUCGGAGAGUGGAUCGCACAAGACAGGGGUCGGUCCGAGGGGAUCGAGUGGCCAUAAGGGUGGCGGUGGCUCCGAUGGCAAGCCCACGAGGGUGCGAACCGUUUUGAAUGAGAAACAAUUGCAUACCUUGAGAACGUGCUACGCCGCCAAUCCCAGACCCGACGCACUGAUGAAGGAGCAGCUCGUGGAGAUGACUAGUCUCAGUCCGAGGGUCAUCAGAGUGUGGUUCCAGAACAAGCGCUGCAAGGACAAAAAAAAGACAAUUGCAAUGAAACAGCAGAUGCAGCAGGAGAAGUACUCUGGGUUCCAGGAUGGCAGGAAACUGGGCUUCGGUGGUAUGCAUGGUAUUCCGAUGGUAGCCAGCAGUCCUGUGAGGCAUGAGAGCCCUAUUGGCAUGACUCCACUUGAGGUACAAGCGUAUCAACCACCGUGGAAAGCACUGUCUGACUUUGCAUUGCACACGGAUCUCGAUAGAAUGGACCCCAAUGCACCCUCGUUCCAUCAUCUGGUGUCACAGAUGCAUGGAUACGACAUUCAUGGGGGUCCACCUCCUCAGUUACCUCAACCUGGAAUGCUGGGUGGUCCAAUGAAUGAUGGAGUAGGUGGUGGGCCACUGCCACCACCUGGUCCACAUCAUCCUGUCGGGGGCCCCGACAUGGGCCAACACCCUGACAGUACAGACAGCUACGUUACCUAUUUAGAGAGUGACAGUGAUUCCUUGCACCACGACACCGGGAGUCCAUAGUUUAAUCCCUUAAAUCUACGAUGUACAUAGUAGACCUUUCAAUCCGAGUAAUUUAUCAUUUCAGCAAGACGUGAAUGAAUCAAAAAUUGACAAUGCCCGAUUUCACUGUUACGAUUUAAUGAUAAUUAUCAUUUUUGUCGGACAAUGGGAUAUCGCGAAAAUUGUAAUAUGUAAAUUGACGUUGGGAUGUAUUCGAAAUGUGAAAGCCUGAGGGGGAGCGAUAUAAAAAGAGGGCUGGAGAGUAACAGAAAAAAGUAGAUACGAUAAUUGCGUGAAUGGUAAAUGACGUUGUAAUAUAAUUAAUGCUACAUGCAAUCGUUAAUGAGUGCAACAUGAAUCAAGUGGACUUGAGAGUAGAAAGAAGACAGCUAUUCUCCUUUUUUCAUUCAAUACCAAAGUAUAAUGCAAAAGGUGCAAAACAAAUUGACGCGAGAGAACAAAAAAAUGAGAUAUGAUUUUUCAUUGUAAAUAUAGUACAAUUGAUUGACAUUUUAGCGAUCAAAGAGAUGAAUUCAUUCGUUUCACACGUCAUGGGAAGAAUUUAUUAUUAUCGUACUGUAAUACGAUCCCCGUAUUUUGGAUGUUUGUAUAAAAAUUGAAAUCCGUUAUACUUAUUAUAUAAGUCACUCUUGUGUAUGUACGUUAUAAAGUUGUGACGAAAAAAAAAAUUGAAGAUAAAGCAAUUUGAAAGAAUGUGAAACUGAGUUUCGAUGUAUUACCCAAAAAUUUUCUGUUUUUUUGUUUCAUUACGGAAGAAUUUUUGAAUUUCUACGAUAUUUCUAUACCAGCACGAGUGUAUGUAAUAAAA